AUGACUAGGCUUGUAGAAUCUCAAAAUACUGAGAUAAUCCUACUUCGGAAACAGCUCGCUGAUGCUCAGGAGGUAAUCGAGACUCGAAAGAAAAGAACUAAAGGCAAAAGGAUCAAAUUACAAGACCAAUUCGUCUUUAGUACUGAGGAAGUAUUGAAAAUCGUAUGUGAGGCAAAGGAGAAGCCCAAGGAGAAAAGGCUACAAGGAUGGUCAUGUAAACGUUCAAUUGAAGAAUUAGAAGAGGUUAUUGGAGAGGAAGAGCUAGAGAAUAGUUCAAGCGAUUCAGAGUUGGAAUUAGAUGAAUGUGUAGCUCGUAGAACUAGAUCGCAUAGAGAAAAUUGA